GUCAGAUUUUGGGGGGCUCGAUAGCACUCCUCGCAUUUCGAACAGAAGAGUGCUAGAAAAGGGAGCUUAACCGCCUAGUAUUGCAGAGAAGCUCGAUGCUGGACAAUGAAGUUGUAUAGCCGCCUUACCUGUAGAUGUCUAGUAGCAGUCGGGAUAGGUAUUGCCAUCGUAUCAGUGACGAUGGUUUUCAAAAGGAAAAUCUGGAGGACUACUUCGGCAGCAAGGCAUGAGACAAAAUCAGGAAGGGAAGCAAAGGCAGUGAGUGAGGGGCAAGGUAAAGCCGGUGGAGCCAAAUGCAAGUCAAAAUACACCCAUCCUUUCUUUGUGGAACUGGACGAAGAUAACGAUUUUGUGUAUGUACAGCUACCUGUAGAUGACAGAGAGACGAUGGUCUAUAAUGGUAUGACGAAGAAGGAGUAUGAUAUAUUAGAAAUGGACUAUCUCAGAUAUAUCGUUACCCAACAGUACGACUGCCGUGAACGGGUGCGUGCUGGGAACAUAGACGAAGGCGGCUGGGAAGUAUGCUUGGACCCGCCGUUUAACAUCAAGAGAAACCAGUGUCUGGUCUACUCUUUUGGGAUAAAAAAUGACUGGUCUUUUGAUGACUUCAUGGUGGAAAAGGGCUGCGAAGUACAUUCGUUUGAUCCAACCAUAGGAAGAGAAGACUAUCAGAGACAUACCCACAAUUACUUCCAUAAUUUGGGCCUAGAUGGUAUCGAUGGAUUGAAGCUGAUUAAAAAGCAAAAUGUAUCAGUGAAGAAACUAAGUAGCAUCAUGGACAUACUUGGUCAUACAAAGAAAACUAUAGACUUUCUGAAAUUCGACAUCGAAAUGUCGGAGUGGUCUGCUAUAAAGACCAUGAUAGAAGAUAGAAGUAUACUAAAAGUGAAGCAGAUGGCCGCUGAGCUCCACACACCGUUUAACAGUCGUGUUAUACCUACGAUGGAACAGAUGCAGCUUAUCAAGGACUUGAAGAACACUGGAUUCAAAAUAUUCUUUUCAUCGUACCAAUUCAGUCCUUUCUGCAGAAGAUUUUCUCCUCAAACGAAGCGCCUGGCUCACGCUUUUAUAAAUAUACAUUUUGUCAAUACUAAUUUUCUGAAAGAGAGGCAAUAAAGAAAUGACAUCCCCAUAACUUACUGUAAAUAGGAUUAGUUUAAUGGUUUCGAUGAAAUAUCACUGUCAUUUCUGGCAGUUAUUGUUCAAAUCCAAUAAUUAUUCCAAGGAAGGAUAAU